AUGGCAGCACGAUCAAAGGCCCGGCGGGGGAUGUUCUUCAUGUCGGAGUACGAUCUCGAGCGUGUGGCUGAGCUUAAAGCUCGGGGUGCUGAGUUGCCCGGAUGGUCGGAGAUAAUGCGAUCAAGACCCCAAGUCGCGUACACGACAGAAGCAGGCAUCAGAUCAGAAAUCUCGACUGGAUCCGGAAUCUACCCACCGUUCAUUUCAUCCUCACAGCACGCUCUCGAACAGUGCGACGGUCGUAGAGCAGGAGCCUCCCUGCAAUCCACCGGGCCGGGGACAGCACAGCCCACGCCUGUCCACUCCAGCCUGCCACAACAGAUCGACGGCACAGACAUCUCCACCCAAGCCACGUCCCGCCAACCCCUCCUGUUCACAUCCUGCAAGUCCAUCAAGCGCAACGACGACCGCAAGGGCAGGCCUGCACGAACACGACACGAGCCUGAGCCAGCAAAACUAACGCCCAAAUGCUUCAGCACGGCGAUGACGCGGCCGAGCAGCCCAGCAGAUGAAGGAGAAGAAGAGAAACAGACGUUGGCGGAUCUCUCCACUGAAGCAGCUUCGCGCGAGCCGUACCAUUUCCUGUCCGAGAGGCGCUUGAGCCGGGACGCCUAUCGUGCUGCUGUGCGGGCGGAGGGUCCGGGGGGUGAGUAUCUUGGGAGUAGCGCGCGUAGGACUAUUAGGCGGAAGGCGAGGGCGGGGGUGGGAGUUGAGGGGGAGAGGACUUGA